GAUGUAGCGAGUCGUUGGCAUUCCCCGUCUCUAUCUUUGGUUCUCGUCUCGCGAGCGCAGCUACGAGACAAAGCACACGUAGUACUAGUACUACUGCGCCGUUGCCUGCCUGCCUGCCUGCCUUGCACCACCACCACCACCACCGCAGGCCCGGUCCGGUCCGGUCCGCUACUAUACAAACCAGCCCAGCAGCGAGAGAGGGGAGGAAGAGGAGGAGGAGGAGGGGAGAGGGGGGGCCGGGGUCGGCACGGCGGGCAGAAUUGCCUCCUGCUGCGUGCUGCCAGAGAGAUCGCACGGACAUCGGAGGGAGGGAGCGAGGAGGAGAGAUCCGUCCCGGAGUGGCGGCCUCCGGGGAGAUCGAUCGGUCUCGGUCUCGGUGGAUGGGGAUGGCGCCCGCCGGGUGGGUGGCCGGGCUGGUGGCGGAGAGCUUCUUCGUGGCGUGCCCCGCGCACGAGUCCCGCAAGAAGAACGAGCGCAACAUCUUCUGCCUCGCCUGCUGCGCCAGCAUCUGCCCGCACUGCGCCCCCGCGCACCGCCACCACCCGCUCCUCCAGGUGCGGCGCUACGUGUACCAUGACGUCGUCCGCCUUGGCGACCUCGAGAAGCUCAUCGACUGCUCCUGUGUUCAGAGCUACACGAUCAACAGUGCCAAGGUGAUCUUCCUGAAGCCGAGGCCUCAGUCCAGGCCUUUCAAGGGCUCCGGCAACAUCUGCCUCACAUGUGACAGGAUCCUCCAGGAGCCCUUCCACUUCUGCUCCCUCUCUUGCAAGGUGGAUCAUGUGAUGAUGCAGGGAGGGGACCUGUCCAACAUCCUGCAGUACUAUGGCGGCAGCGGUGUGGCGGGGGACCCGGACCGCCUCGCCUUCCCGAGGUUCGAGAACCUCCGCGUCGAUGGCUCGGACCUCGACGAUGACACCGACGGUGGGCAGGUGACCCCAAACUCGAUCCUCGAGGACCCGACGCAGCACUAUGGCAAUGGCGGUGGCGGGGGAUCAAGUGACAAUGGAGGCGACACUAGGGUGGAUGGCGGUGCGCGGCGCGGCGGCGAGGCGGCAAAGAGGAAGAAAGGGGGAGGGUUCUUCCCCCAGAUCGUGCUGUCGCUUGGCGGCGGCGGUAACAGGAGGAAGGGUGCCCCCCACAGGUCCCCUCUGGCCUAAGCUCUUCGUAACUUCGUUCAUGUCCCUGCUACUGCUGCUCGUUAUCACCAGCUAUAGCUAGCUGGUAGUAGCGGUUGCAGUGACGGUGGCGUGGCUAUUAAUUAGUAGUGUGUUAUAAUAGUCUUAAUGGUGAUUAGCCUUGUAGAGAUCAGACGAGAGCUGGUUGGUCGGUUGCUUGGGGAAGGGCCUGGCCUUGUGGAUCCGUCUAGCAGCUUUGCUAGGGCCAUGGCCACCUCAAGGCAGUUGUGUGUGUGUGUUGAUGAGACUUAAGAAAGAUGGAGAGGGAGAGGGAGAGGGAGAGGAGACGGUUGUAAAGCAGUUCCCUUGUUACAGGCCUAGGUAGGCACUGGAAAGUGGGGCCCACAUUUGCAGGAUGGGGCCCAUACGAGGUGGCUACCAAUUUUGUAUUUGAUGUAACAAGGGUUACUUGCAUACACUUCCACACCUAUAUAUAAGUAAUAUAUAAAAAUUCCCCCAGACUGAA